AUGACGCAGUCAAGGACGUCGUCUUUCUGUACAAGAAAGCCUGUCGUAAAGGCCCAGAGUGGUCCCCUCAGUUCCGUACCUCGGUUAAUGGAAGCACAAAUUCGCAGUACGAGCUGUAACCCGCUCAAACACGAAGCCGGCAGUCAUCAUGGGCCGUCGCUUCGUGGUGUAGGUUCUCCUUCCCGGUUUGAACAGAACAAAGCCCAGAUGGCCACCUAUGUCGACGAGCUCAACGCCGCAGUAAGGAUAGCUGUUUCGGGUGGGGGACCAGAAGCACAGAAGCGCCUGCUCGCUCAAGGUAAACUGCCAGUGCGGACUCGUAUUCACUGCUUGCUGGACUCAGGCAGCCCUUUCCUCGAGCUCUCCCAACUAGCAGGUCACGAGUUGUAUGGCCCGCAAGAAGAAGUUCCUUGUGGCGGUAUUGUGACCGGGCUUGGUCUCGUUUCAGGCAGACUAUGUAUGAUCGUGGCGAACGAUCCCACAGUGAAAGGAGGCGCAUACUUUCCCAUAACCGUAAAAAAACACUUGCGAGCUCAGGAUAUUGCAGCUGAGAAUCGAUUGCCUUGCAUUUACCUUGUGGACAGUGGAGGAGCGAACCUGUCUAGACAGGAGGAUGUCUUUCCGGAUAAGUUACAUUUUGGUCGCAUCUUCUUCAAUCAAGCGACUAUGUCCGCCCAGGCGAUUCCUCAGAUCGCAGUUGUGCUGGGGAGCUGCACAGCAGGAGGGGCCUAUGUACCGGCCAUGGCAGACGAAGCGAUUAUCGUGAAAGGAAGAGGAAGUAUUUUUCUUGCUGGGCCUCCCCUCGUCAAAGCCGCUACUGGGGAGGUUGUUGGAAGGGAGGAGCUCGGCGGCGCCGAUGUGCAUUGCAGAAUAUCUGGAGUGGCAGACCACUGCGCAAAAGAUGAAAACCACGCCCUGCACCUCACUCGGCGCAUCGUCGCCUCACUUCCAAUCCGACCAUCUUGCUCCGAAAGCUUUAUCAACAGCCAACACGGUUCCACUGCGGCCCUUCUUCUUGGCUCUUCGUCAGUAUCCAGUAACGUCGAUCCCCUCCUUCCUCCAGAAGAGCUGGACGGUCUAGCACCUUGCAAUUUUCGCCAGCCGACAGAUAUUCGGCGCAUCCUGGCUUGUCUGCUGGACCGCUCUGCCCUGGCUGAGUUUAAGCCUUUAUACGGGGAGACACUAGUGUGCGGCUUUGCGCAUCUGAACGGGUACCCCAUCGGAGUCAUGGCGAACAAUGGAGUCCUUCUUCCGGAGAGUGCUCUCAAAGGGGCGCACUUCCUUCAGAUUUGUGCACAGAGACAUCUUCCUCUGCUCUUUCUGCAGAACGUCACAGGCUUCAUGGUCGGGAGCGAGGCGGAACGUGCCGGAAUUGCUAAACAUGGUGCGAAGUUGGUUACUGCCGUUUCAUGUUUUCCUUUGCCAAAGCUGACACUAAUAAUUGGCGCUUCGUUUGGUGCGGGAAACUACGGGAUGUGUGGCAGAGCAUAUGAUCCCCGGUUUCUGUUCACGUGGCCGAACGCCAAAAUCGCCGUCAUGGGAGGCCAGCAAGCAGUGAGCGUUCUUCUGGAUAUAGAACGGGCUGCUGCUCUGAAAAGAAAAAACAAAAGCAUGAAAACACAAAGCCGGGAAGCAACAAUGGCACAGGGGCCGCGUUUUGAGCUUAAUGAAAAAGAAUGGGAAGAACAAAGAAGAGCGAAACAAGCCGAACACGAGAGAAUGUAUGACCGGCACAGCAGCGCAGUCUAUGCUUCUGCUCGAGUAUGGGAUGACGGAGUUAUUAUACCUCAGCAAACACGUAGAGUAUUGGCCUUAGCACUCGCCGCAACUCUGCAAAAUCCAUGGAACAACGGAAGUUCCCUCGGGGCUGCGCGUGGGUCUUUAACCCCUGCAUAUGGUAUCCUCCGAAUGUAA